AUGGGCUUCAGUAAGUACGAAGAAAGCUUGGUCAAGCCCGCUUUGGCCUUCAGAAACUUCCUUGAUCGCACCCCCAACAUUACCAACAUCUACUUCAUAGCUUGUAUCUCGUGUAUAUCAGGGAUGAUGUUUGGUUUUGACAUUUCGUCCAUGUCGGCCUUUUUGGACCAGAAAGACUACCUUCGAUUUUUCAAUUCCCCAAGCUCCGACAUGCAAGGCUUCAUCACCUCUGCCAUGUCACUUGGAUCUUUCUUUGGUUCCAUGGCCACCUCGUUUGUGUCUGAGCCUUUUGGCCGUAGAGCCUCUUUGAUGAUUUGCGCCUGGUUGUGGAUUAUUGGUGCUGCUAUCCAGUCGUCAUCUCAAAACAGAGCCCAGUUGAUUAUUGGCAGAUUUAUUUCUGGUGCUGGUGUGGGUUUUGGCUCCUCGGUUGCUCCAGUGUACGGCAGUGAGUUGGCUCCCAGAAAAGUAAGAGGGUUCAUUGGCGGAAUGUUCCAGACCAGUGUCACCUUGGGCAUUUUGGUGAUGUUCUACAUCAGUUUCGGUUUGAGUCACAUCAACGGCGUGGCCUCCUUCAGAAUCGCCUGGGCCAUCCAGAUUGUGCCUGGGUUGCUUUUGGCCAUUGGUUUGUUCUUCAUUCCCGAGUCUCCAAGAUGGUUGGCCAAGCAGGGCUACUGGGACGACGCUGAAAAAAUCGUUGCUGACGUGAACGCCAAGGGUGACAGAGAAAACCCCGAUGUGCAGAUUGAGAUUUCUGAAAUUAAGGAACAGUUGUUGGUGGAAGAGAAUGUCAAAGCCUUCACCUUUGCCAAAUUGUUUUCCAAGAAGUACCUCCCAAGAACCAUUGUUGCUCUUUCUGCUCAGAUCUGGCAGCAGUUCACCGGUAUCAACGUCAUGAUGUACUACAUUGUGUACAUUUUCCGGAUGGCUGGUAUUUCCGGUAACGCCAACUUGGUUUCCUCUUCCAUCCAGUAUGUGUUGAACUUUGUGUGUACUGUGGCUGCUCUUUUCUUGAUGGACAAGAUCGGCAGAAGACCCUUGUUGCUUGGUGGUGCUGUGAUGAUGACCAUCUGGCAGUUUGCCGUGGCUGGUCUUUUGGCCACCUACUCUGUGCCAUACCCUGAUUCUGGUUCUACCUCGGUCACAAUCAAGAUUCCUGAUAGCGAUAAGCCUGCCGCCAACGGUGUCAUCGCCUCAUGCUACUUGUUCGUUUGUUCGUUUGCUGUUUCCUGGGGUGUGGUUGUGUGGGUCUACGUUUCUGAGAUGUGGGGUGACUCUGUUUCCAGACAGAGAGGUGCUGCCUUGGCCACUGCCGCAAACUGGAUCUUCAACUUCGCCAUUGCCAUGUUCACUCCACCUGCUUUUGCCAACAUCAACUGGAGAACCUACAUUAUCUAUGCAGCAUGCUGUGUGGCCAUGUUCAUCCAGGUGUUCUUCUUCUUCCCUGAGACCAAGGGCAAGAGAUUGGAGGAGAUUGACCAGAUCUGGACUGAGAAGGUUCCAGCAUGGAAGUCGGCCAGCUACAAGCCUGCCGUUCCUAUCUUGUCUGACGCUGAGUUGGGUGAGAAGAUUAGAACUCAACAUGCCGAGAACAGCUCUCAGUUGCUUAAUUCGCUGAGUCACUCGACUGCUGAGAAGGAGGCUGUCGACCAUUUGGAAGAUAACAAUAAUGUCUCCGAUAGAGUUUGA